ACAAGAAAACAAUGUAACCUGAGAUUAAGAAAUGUGAAUACGAUCCCUAACUAUUUUAUGCCUGGAAGCGGUCUCUGAACUGAACAUAAAGAGCUGAGAAGAGAAGCAUGUUCGUCAAUGGCGAUUAAGCUCUCCGCAUCAGAAAACCGUGAAAACCAACCUCCAAAUGAAUGGCCAGAGUCUCCAAGCUCCAACGCCUCCCAAUCCAAAACACCUUUCUCACGCGCCCCAUCGCCAUCACCACCAACACUUCACCCCCUGAAGGAAAACGAAGACUCUCCUCCCUCUUCUCACACUUCGAAGCGCUUCUCCAAAACUCAUGCCAAAACGCUCGCCACCUCCUUCAAAUCCAAGCCCUUCUCGUCACUUCCAGCCUCUUCCGCAACCCCUACUUGGCACGCACCAUUUUGAGCCGCGCCUCACACCUAUGCGACGUCGCUUACACCCGUGUGAUCUUUCGAAGCAUCAAUUCCCUCGACACGUUCUGCGUCAACAUCGUGAUCCAGGCCUAUUCUAACAGCCACGCUCCCCGCGAAGCGAUUGUGUUUUAUUUCCGCUCUUUGAUGCGUGGGUUUUUCCCCAACAGCUACACCUUCGUGCCACUCGUUGCUUCGUGUGCCAAAAUGGGUUGCAUUGGUUCUGGGAAGGAGUGUCAUGCUCAGGCCACGAAGAAUGGGGUUGAUUCUGUUUUGCCGGUGCAGAACUCUUUGAUUCACAUGUAUGUUUGUUGCGGGGGUGUUCAGCUUGCUAGGGUGUUGUUUGAUGGAAUGUUGAGUAGGGAUUUGGUUUCUUGGAACUCGAUCAUUAAUGGGCAUAUGAUGGUUGGUGAGUUGAAUGCUGCACACCGACUGUUUGAUAAAAUGCCUGAGAGGAAUUUGGUUACUUGGAAUGUCAUGAUUAGUGGGUAUUUGAAGGGUAGGAACCCCGGUUAUGCGAUGAAGUUGUUUCGCGAAAUGGGCAGGUUGGGAUUGAGGGGGAAUGCUAGGACUAUGGUCUGUGUGGCUACAGCUUGUGGUCGGUCGGGUAGACUCAAGGAAGCAAAAUCAGUUCAUGGGAGCAUUGUUAGGAUGUCAUUGAGGUCAAGUUUGAUUCUUGAUACGGCAUUGAUUGGCAUGUACUGUAAGUGUAGGAAGGUGGAGGUUGCGCAGAUAGUGUUUGAGAGGAUGAGAGAAAGGAAUUUGGUAUCGUGGAAUAUGAUGAUCUUGGGGCACUGCAUUCGUGGGAGUCCUGAAGAUGGACUCGACCUGUUUGAAGUAAUGAUCAGUAUGGGGAAGAUGAAACAUGGAGUUGAGAGUGACGAGACUCUGAGAUUGCUCCCUAAUGAAGUAACCUUCAUUGGUGUUCUCUGUGCGUGUGCUCGGGCAGAGAUGUUGGAUGAGGGGAGGUCUUACUUCAAACAGAUGACUGAUGUGUUUGGUGUGAAGCCCAAUUAUGCUCAUUUUUGGUGCAUGGCAAACCUUCUUGCAAGUGUGAAGCUUGUUGGUGAGGCAGAAGAGUUUCUAAGGAGCAUGGCAGAGUUUGAUGGGGAUAUGUCAUGUGAGUCAUUGGUAUGGGCAAGUUUGCUUGGUUUGUGUCAUUUCAAGAGGGAUGUGUACUUGGGGGAACGGAUUGCUAAGCUUCUCGUUGACAUGGAUCCUAAGAACCUCACCUGUUACCAGUUUCUGCUGAUCAUAUAUGCCGUGUCUGCUCAAUGGGAGAAUGUUUCUGAAGUGCAAAAACUGGUGAAGGAAAGAAGGUUGGAGAUAAUACCUGGAAGCAGUCUUGUGGACUUGAAAAAUAUUGUUCACAAUUUCAAAGUUACAAACAAAGGGCAAGAGGGAAUUGAAGCAGUAAACUUGAUGAUGGAUGAACUAGCUCAUAGAUUCAGUUUGCCAAGUUCUGAUUUAGGUCAGAAACAAAGUACUAGCUAGAAUGUCAGCAAAAAUGAUGACAAAUAAUGCAAACUCUUGAACAGCUAGCGUAAGAGUUCAAUUUACAUUCUUUUUAUAAGCUGUCAGGAUUUUUGUUGGUAGACAUCCACUCACUCAACAAUCAUUUAGGAUCCCUGUUUUAUAUAGAUCCAAGUGUCUCUUGGGGCAUGCAUACGGAUACUUGCAGCAAUCCCAAUUGUGUUGAGGUUUUGGAUUUAUGAUUAAGCUUAUAAUCUUGUUUAAGUUUAGCAUCGCUUGUGCAAGACUUACUUUCCUUCCCACCAAGGAUUUCUCUGCUUCCCUGCAAUAGAAGGAUUGGUUGUCGAGAUGAUUAUUCCUCUUGUUAUAUUUAUUGAAAUGGAUUGCCCAGAGGAUGCUAGAAAUACGAAUUUAUUUAAAUUUACAUGA